AUGGCCGAAACCCCUGUGAUUAAUGGCGGGCACACAGAUCUAUGGGCCUCUCAUAACCAGAUGGUACUGGAGCCUCUAGAAGUCAAUGAUCCAGAGGUGUAUGAAAUUAUCCGGAAGGAGAAGCACAGACAGCGGUAUGGCCUGGAACUGAUCGCCUCCGAGAAUUUCGCCAGUUGCGCAGUCUUGCAGGCUCUUGGCUCCUGCAUGAACAACAAGUAUUCGGAGGGUUACCCAGGACAGAGGUACUACGGCGGCACAGAGCAUGUGGAUGAGCUGGAGAGGCUGUGUCAAAAAAGGGCUCUGGAGGCUUAUAAUCUGGACCCGAAGAAAUGGGGCGUCAAUGUGCAGCCGUAUUCGGGCUCUCCAGCCAACUUUGCUGUCUACACUGCCUUAGUGGAGCCUCAUGGGAGGAUCAUGGGAUUGGAUCUUCCUGAUGGCGGUCAUCUCACACAUGGCUUCAUGACAGACAAGAAAAAAAUCUCUGCGACAUCCAUCUUUUUUGAGUCUAUGCCAUACAAGGUACAUCCGGACACCGGCUACAUCGAUUACGAUAGGGCUAGCAGAAAAUGCACGCUUAUUGUCAUCCAAAAAACUGAAUCAUAGCGGGUGUCAGCUGUUACUUCCCGUAAUUUGGACCUAUGCAAGGAUGCGGGCCAUAGCUGAUGAAAAUAACGCGGUCCUCAUGGCAGACAUGGCUCACAUUAGUGGGUUGGUGGCGGCUGGUGUGUUGUCCCAUCUCCGUUUGAGCACUGUGAUGUGGUGUCCCACCACGACGCACAAAACACUACGUGGGCUGCCGAGCCGGAAUUAUCUUUUAUCGGAAAAGGAGUGCGCAGCAGUGUGGAUCCAAAGACUGGAAAAGAGGUUCUUUAUAACUAUGAGAGUCUGAUAAACCAGGCGGUGUUCCCGGGACUGCAGGGGGGACCCCAUAAUCAUGCUAUAGCAGGUGUUGCUGUAACGCUGAAGCAAGCUAUGAGCCCGGAGUUCAAACUCUACCAGGCGCAAGUCAUCUCCAACUGCCGGGCACUGGCGGCCGCCAUGGACGAGCUGGGCUAUCACAUUGUCACUGGAGGCUCUGAUAAUCAUCUCAUUCUGGUCAACCUACGCAAUAAGAACACAGAUGGAGGGAGAGCAGAGAAGGUCCUUGAAGCUUGUGCAAUAGCGUGCAACAAGAACACCUGUCCCGGUGACAAGAGUGCUCUUCGCCCCAGUGGCUUGCGCCUUGGGACCCCUGCCCUGACCUCCCGGGGCUUCAGGGAGGGAGACUUCAAGAAAGUUGCACAGUUUAUUCACCAAGGCAUCUUGAUCACACUGGAGAUCCAGAAUGACAUGAACCCCAAAGCAACCCUUAAAGAGUUCAAAGACCAGCUGGCUGGUGAUGGAAAACACCGGGAGAAGAUCAGUGCUCUGAAGCAGGAGGUGGAGCAGUUUGCAGGCUCAUUCCCUAUCCCUGGCCUGCCUGACCUGUGA